CUUGACGCACGGGGAUGUGUCAUGGCAGAGAGCGGAGCGCAGCAGCAACAGCAGCAGCAGCGACUCCUCAAACUAAAACCAGUCCUCAAACUCCGCCGAACUCCCCGGACACCGCGUAACCGGACUCUUGCCUCCGCGGCGUCGCUAGUGUGAGACCACCGGCCGGCUCGCAGACAUGGAGUUCAGCUGAAGUGUAGUAAAGGAGUCCCCGUGUCGGUCCGUUGCUACAACUUGAGCUCCAGCAGCCGUUUGGCCGCGACCACACCCUCCCCGCUUCCUCAUAGUGCUCUGCCCUGUAGCGGGAGCGCGCAGCCCGACUUUGAAUCUCCGGGAAUAACGGCCGCUUCCUCCAGCUUCGGCUUCCUCCGCUGCGGAACUUUCCAGAAGCUACGGACUGUUUGUUUACGGACUCUAAACUGGUAUGGAUAUGAGAGGCGAGUCCCCAUGGAGGAUAUGCGGGGCUACACACUUUUUGGUCCCGAGUUAAGACGCGGAGGAGGAGGAGGCGGCGGCGGUGGUGGUGGUAGAGGAGGAGAAGGAGGCGGAGGGGGGAGGAGGAGGUCGAGGCGGCGGUGGUGAAGGGCGGACAGACUGACGAUGCAUAUGGAGCCGAGGCGACCGGAGCAACCGCUAGCAUCUAACCCGGGACUGAGUCUGAAAAAGAAGAGGUUCAAAGUGGACUGAGGGUGUUUGUGUGUGCUGUCGGACGGUCAGUGGAGUUUAUUUUUUUAUUUUAUUUUAUUUUUUUUUUUACUUGGGAGGACUCGUGAAAUGAUGGUGCCAGGGGGAAACGCACCUCUCCCCGCUGCCCCGAAGAGCUGCCCGGGUGGUGCCCCGUUCGAAGCCCGCAUGAACCGGUCACAGUCAGCGGGAACAAGUCGGACAAGACCUCGGUGCUGUUACAGACGACUCACUGCGAAAUGAUGUUAUUAUACUCAGAGCACAGUUACAAAACAAAGUUUGCUUGAUCCUAAUCACAUAAAAGACCCUAAGAAAAGGCAUCUAAACAUAGCACAGAGGCAGUUUCAGCUAAUGUAAGGGGAUUCCUGAUGGGAAUGUGUUCUUAUUUCAAAAGAUAUAAGAAGAUUUCUGACAUUAUUUUUAUAAUCUCAAUCUGCACUUUGCCUUUUAGAAGGCAUUUUGGUGGCACUGCAGUUUGUGUGUGAUUACUUUCUUUUUUUUUUUUCUUUAUUCAACAACCUGUGAAUUCUUCCUGGGACUACAGUAAGAAUAUUGACUUUUGGAUGAUGAUGUUCAGGGCAUUUAAGAUGUAAUAAGAGCAUAUACCUUAACUGGCAGUUCCCUGAUUUCUCAUACAAUAUGUUGUCAGGAUUUUUUUUUUUUUUUUUUUUUUUUUUUUACUUUCUUGAGUGUGUUAUACCGUAGAAUUACUAAUAACCAAGGCGAAUAACUCUGGGAAUAUGCCAGAUCAUAGUCUAGGAUUGUAAUUAUAACAAAAUGGGGGAUGUUAUUCAAACAUAAGUAAAUGCAGUAAUGUAGUUUUGCUCUUUCUUCAUGUUUACAUUGAGAUUACAUGUCCUGUGUGUAUAUUAUCUAUACUCUGAAGGAAUAUAAGGCAGACUGUUGGGCCAGUUGUUAUUUAAUUGUAAAAAGUAGUGCAUUGAGGCUUAUCUUGGACAUGUCUUAAACAGUACAAUGCAGUGUGCAGCAGCAGAAAACUAUAAAUAACUGAACCCCUCUACAAGAGCAGUUUGACUCUGUCUCCACCCCCCUCCUUAUUAUGGCUAGUGGUGGCUCUGGGAAAUCUGCUAGUGAGGGAUCAACCAGCGCACCCAGUGGCAGUCUGCAGCAGAGGAAACGGCUCUCCUCCAUCUGUGACACCUGUAAAGGCAAGAUGCAGCUGGUGGCGGACCUCCUGCUGCUGUCCAGCGAGACCAGGCCGGUCAUGACGUCGGACGGUGUGGCGCUGGCCGACACCUUUGACCAGUGCAGAGACACGGUGAUCGCCAGGACUAAAGAGCUCUCCAUUCUCACACACGACAUCCAGAGCCAGCUCAACAUGGGCCGCUUCACCGAGGUGGGAGACCGCCUCCUGGAGAUGGCCGACUUGGUGGUGUCCUUGACCGAGUGCUCGGCUCACGCCGCUUACCUCGCAGCCGUGGAGACCCUCGGCUCUCAGCCCUGCCUUCCAGGUCUGGUGGAUCGUUAUAAAGUGACUCGGUGUCGGCACGAGGUGGAACAGAGCUGCAACGUACUCCGAGUCACGCCACUGCCAGACCUCACCCCCCAGCUCCUUCUCGAGCUUUCUCAGAACAUUUCCACCAACCUGAAGACUCUAACGGACAUCUCGUCGCUGGCCAGCGAGAGGUCCAGGGACCGCUUUGCAAAAGAGCAGUUCAAGCUGAGUGUUAAGAGCAUGAGCACGAGCGGCACUGCCUUCCUGGCGUGCGUUAAAGAGGUGAAAACCCAGCCCAGCGAGCUGACCAGGAACCGCUGUGUCCUCUUCAGCGCCGCUCUGGUGCAGGCCGUCAGCGCCCUGGUCGGGUUCGCCACAGAGCCUCAGUUCCUGGGACGAGCUGCGAGUAUCUCCACUGAAGGGAAGGCGGUACAGACUGCAGUUUUAGGGGGGGCCAUGAGUGUGGUUUCAGCCUGUGUCCUCCUCACUCAGGGCCUCAGGGACGUCGCCCAGCAUCCUGAGAGCAGCUCCAAAAUGGCAGACUACCGGGAGCGUCUGCGGAACUCGGCGUGUGCUGUUUCAGACGGCUGCACUCUGCUCACUCAGGCACUCAGAGAACGCUCCUCUCCAAGGACUCUGCCGCCAGUCAACUCUCAUUCUGUGAAUUAGCUUAUGUAGAGGCGAUACGAUGCCCAGGCCCUUCUGUCCUGUUCUGAUGUACCAAAGAGACUCACUGGGUUCUGCCUGUUCAUCAGGUGUAGUGUCACAGUAACAUCAGCAGAAGGCUGUCUGUGGGUUGGUAGUGGAUCCGAUUACACAGGGGGACGCUCUGCUCUGGUUGUUUUUUUCAGAAUAACUUAGUAAGCUGAGCUGCUUAUUAAAGAAAACAUUAAUUUCUAAAUUACCUUUUGGUUUAAUAACGAUUCACCAAGUCCAUGAUGAGAAAUGUCCCUGUAUCAGCUGUGUUUUAAAGAAUUAAUAGACUGUACAAUGUCAUCAUGGAACAUGAGUGAGAACUGUUUUCUGCAAAUGUGUGCACUAGUAUCCUGGUUUAACACACUACAUGUUAAAGAAGCAGCAGUGAAGCACACACUUUUCAGCAGGUCUUUAAAUGUUUCUACAAAUUCAAAAAGUAAAGAGUUUGCGUUGACUGACCAACACAUUUCUCAAACUGAAACUUGCUAAACUGUUAAAACUGUUUCUGUUUUGAUACUCAGCCUUAUCUGACUACAACUAUAUUGUUAGCACAGUAUGCUGAUGAGCACAGUAAUCAGAUUACUGUCGAGCAGAACACAGUCGGGUGUGAACUAGUUUUUAGUUUAAUGUUUUUGUUUCAGCCUUGACUGAAAUGAGUGCAGACCUCUAGAUAAAUGAUCAAAAUUACAUGAAGCAAAAGCAUUUUGUCAUAAUUAUCCAAAUAGUGUCUAAAUGACUUGAUUAAUCAACCAAGCAUUUCAAUUAUAUUUUUAUGUACAAAAUAAUCAACCACAAAGCAUGAGACAACAUUUCAUUUGCUUAAAAUAAGUAGAACUGAUACUAUCUGAUGAAUGUGGUGGAUUUAGAAUUAUUUAAUGAUAUUGUGGACAAUCUGAAACAUCUGAUUUUUGCUUCAUUGUGGAACUGUUAACGUAAACAUCAGAGCAGAGGGUCCCUCGGGCCCAUCGGGUCCAGCUCAGGCCCCGUCUGUGGGUCGACUCGUGGUCUUCAAACACCCACCGCAGGGGGUCGGCUUCACGCUGGAUGUGACCCCGACCCCCCCCUCUGGCCACGCCCACACGGCCCCGCCCUCCACAGUCCGACAGCAGCCUUCAAACCUGAAAAGUUUACCUCAGUUUUUCAGCUCUGGUGAUGAAAGCACCAGCCUCGAUGAUGGAUGUAGCCUCGCUGUGUGAACCUAUGGCUGGUCGACCUGCUCGAGUACAUGUGCUUUGUGAGAUUGAGAAGAGUGGCGAGUGUCCCCAUGCUUUGUAUUUUUUUAUUUUUAUUUUUUCCAACAUGUGUGAAUUCUUUCUUUGGUAAAAGCUGCUGUGAGUGUGUGCCAUAGGUUUUACACUAUUUACCAGACUUCCCAUAGUAUUUUAAUGUGUUUUGAUCAUGCAUGUAAUGGAGUAUUUAUUUCAACUAUUAAAAAAAGUUGUUUCUGAU